UGAUGUUUGUAAUGUUCCUUUAGUGCAAAUGUUUCUCUAAUUGCUUUUCUGUAAUAACUGUGACAGAGCAACAUUCAUCAUCAUUCCUGACGCUCUCAUUGGCUGGCUCUACUCAGGGAAAACACUUCACCUCGUUCUGAUAAAUGACCAUGACAACCUCUUCGCCCAGUAUCCAUGACGACAUGAUGAGCAGGUCGAGAUAUUAUCAUUCCGCCUCUAUGAACGGCACGUGCCUGAACCUCAGAUCUCUGCAGCAGAGUUUAGUCCGCCCCUCCCCUCGCCUCUCCAUGGAUGUAAUCUCUGACUCCACAACAGGUAGCUCUUGUGAUGUCCCAGACAGAGUAAUCCGUCCAGACUUCGCAGAGCAUUUGGCAGGAGAGUCAGAGCUGAGCUCCUCCAGCACAGAGUCUCUAGACGUCCCUGUUGAAGGCUGCAAAGAGAUGGGUCGUCAGGAGACCGAGUGGAUGAAGUACACCGAGAACAUCGAGGAUGUGUUCAUCUUCAUGGAGGAGCUGGGAUCCGGGGCGUUCUCUGAGGUGUUCAUGGUGAAGGAGAAGAAGACGGGGAAGCUGUUCGCCAUGAAGUGUGUGAAGAAGAAACAGAAGCGAGACCUCAAUCUGGAGAACGAGAUCGCCGUGCUGAGGAGAAUCAAACACGACAAUGUGGUGGGGAUGGAGGAUUUCUAUGAAAGUCGGACCCACUACUAUCUCGUCAUGGAGCUCGUUGCAGGCGGUGAGCUCUUUGACCGUAUUCUGGACCGGGGGGUUUACUCGGAGAAAGAUGCCAGCAGGGUGAUCCGGCAGGUUCUGCAUGCCGUGCACUACCUGCACAAAAACGACAUUGUGCAUCGUGACCUGAAGCCGGAGAACAUCCUGUACUACAGUCAGGAGGAAGACUCCAAGAUCAUGAUCAGCGACUUCGGCCUCUCCAAGAUGGUCGACAGCGACAUCAUGUCCACAGCCUGCGGCACCCCGGGAUACGUAGCUCCUGAAGUUUUGGCACAGAAGCCGUACAGCAAGGCCGUGGACUGCUGGUCCAUUGGAGUUAUCACCUACAUCUUGCUCUGUGGAUAUCCCCCUUUUUACGAAGAAAGUGAGACAAGACUGUUCUCCAAGAUCAUUAAGGCGCAGUAUGAGUUUGACUCGCCCUUCUGGGAUGAUAUUUCUGAAUCUGCUAAAGACUUCAUCCGUAACAUGAUGCAGAAAUCUCCCAGCAUGCGCUUCUCCACUGAAAUGGCCCUCAGACAUCCCUGGAUUAUCGGAAAGACGGCCCGGAGCCAGGACAUCUACUACUCUGUCAGCGUUCAGAUCCAGAAGAACUUUGCCAAGUCCAAGUGGAAGCAAGCCUACAACGCAGCCGUGGCCAUCAACCACAUGAAGAAGCUGCAGCUGGCGCACUCAGAGCAGGUGUUGAGCAAGCCCAGCAUCCCCGAGAUCAACGUGACCGAGGCCUCCUCCCCUCCCAAGAACCACAAACGCCUGGAUCGAGACAAACCAGACCCCAAGCCAACGGCGAUCAACGGGAAGGUGAACGGGACGACCCACAUGUCCCUGCCCACCAGCCCCAUCGAGCUGAAGAGCCACGUCCACGCCCUGAAGGCCACUCAGAGCCAGGCCUGCCCCCACCACGCGCCCUCCAUCGCCGAGCAGGGCAAGAACGUGUACCACUCAGAGCCGGCCAACCUCAACGGGUACAUUAAAAACCGUACAGGUAAGACGGUGCAGACUGGAGUUUGCUCCGUCAUGUGAAGGCUGCAUGAGGUUUACCUGGAAACAUUUUACCUGGUCAGUGUUGCAGUGCUGACUCAGCAUGCAGCUGUUUUGUGUCAGCAGGUCCCGGCACGGUGUUGAGAAGUGGAUGAACCUCCGACGGACUCUAACGGUCUGCGAGGUCCUCACAGUCAGUGGGACGUUUUUAUUUUUCUUGGAAAGAGUGCCUAAGAAGCUACACACACACACACACACACACACACACACACACACACACACACACACACACACACGCUUUGAGAUGCACAUGACUCACUUUAACUCAGAUGCACAGGGUAGGCUUCAGUAAACAGGACCGUUCAGACAGUGUUGAAGAGAUUAAAGCUCCUUCUGUUUAAUGUGCAGCUCAUUCAUGGUGAAGGAGUCUCUGAGCUCUGAACGCCCCAUGAAGGCUUUAAUCACAGUUCCUGUUUGUUUUUAUCAGGGAGUUUAAUUCAUCUGUGUUCAUUAAAUGUCCAGGAUUAUUAAGCUUGUGGUAACAUGUUUAAGAAAAUACACACAACGCAAUAAUAUGAAUUAUUGUACAUCAUGUGUUAAAUAUUUUUCCUUCUUCAUGCAAAACUACAUUUCUUAGCGCUGGAGGAUAUAUGAAACUGCAUGUGUGCUGCUUUAAAUACGCCAUAAUGAUAUAAACGUAUCUGGAUAAGCUCAUUUUUUUUGUUUGUGUUGAUUGCUUGUCUAUUUUAUUUUUUUAUUUCUCAUGUAUUUUCUUCCUUUUUAAAAAAACCAAACAUAAACAAAUAUAUAUUGACAAAAAAACCUAUAUUUUCAGCGUAAAUGCCACAAGUAUAUCAAGUAUAUAUUGCCAACUCAUAGCUGUCACAUGCAUUCAACCUGCUAGAAUAUAAAGUGUGUUUAUAUUCGCUGUAAUAGGUGUUGCUGUAAGCUCUUCAUUUUGCACAGUUAUUUGUUCCUCUGCUUUGUGUUGAUGCAAAAACAGUUGUUGAUCUAGUCCAUGUAUUAGGAUGGGAUCCCUGUAUGCUCAUAAAUAAAGCUUGUUCAGAAUCUGAA